UCUUAUUUUAUAACAUUAUUGUUAAAUUUAAUGGUGGAGGCCUCUAUUUGGUGGAUGCCUUUGGUCAGAUGCCCACUCUGCCCACACUUACAUCCACCACUGAUGGUGACUGCUAGACUAAUACUAUUAAUAGUUAAAUUGUGUGAGUUUUUAUAUGAGAGUGUAUGUUGAAGUGUAAUGUGAUGUGAUCUAUAUGUGAAAGAUUCAGGAAAGCUGGUUAGACAGACUUAAGUCCUGAAAUUGAGAGGUACAGUGCUGGUACUUUGAAAGACAGGUGGCAGUGUUGUAGUUUGGUGUGUCAUCUGAACCGUGAUGUCAGCAUGUCAAAUUCAAAAUUCAAAACUUUAUUUCUUUGUGUAGCAUACAAUGUGUAGUUUACAUGUAGUAAAAUAUAGUUAAGCACAAAGAAAGCCACUAACAUACAUAAGCAUUUUGAGCAGACUGAUACUAAUGCUUGCUAAUGCAACACAGCAAUAUGACGAGUGACCGUGGAUGUGCUACCACUUUUUUUUUUUUUUAAUUGCCCUAUCUCAGUAGGAGAUGGCCAGUGUAUUAAAGUAAAAUUGAAUUUCAGUUUAGAUUAUUUUAUUAUGAGAAUAUCAGACUUUAUAGACAAGUGGAGAGUCAUUGUAAGGAAAUGAGAGUAGAGUAUAGAGAUGGAAAACAUGUGUAAAAUUGCUAUCACCUGUUUUGCCCUAUUUUAGUGGAAUUUAAUUUUAUGAAUAAAUACUAACAGGGACAAGCCCAUGGCAGUGGGAGGGCUGGGAAUGCUGAGUACGAGCAACUAUGCUGCUCGCAAGUUUGGUGUUCGGGCUGCCAUGCCAGGUUUCAUUGGCAAGAAGCUGUGUCCUGAUCUUGUCAUUGUUCCUCCAAAUUUCACAAAGUACAAGCAAGUUAGUAAAGAGAUUCAUGAAGUUUUCUCCGAGUACGAUGCCAAUUUUUGCUCUGCUUCUUUGGACGAGGCAUACUUGGACAUUACCGAGUAUAUGAACAAAAAUGCUUCACACUAUGAUGUCGACAAACUGGAGGAUAAUGAAAAUGGUAGGUUAUCGAAGGCUAUAGUAGAAGAGAUAAGAGAGAAAAUUUUCAGCAAGACGCAGCUGACGGCAAGUGCAGAAUUUAUGCACACUCCAGUUGAACUAUUGACUUCAGUACCAGAACCUCUAUCAUCCACCUCAGCCCAGUAGUGCAACAGCAUAACUCUCCACUCUUUUCACAAUCAUCAACACACACCAGCACCCAGAAUUUAAGGUAAGAAAUACUGUUAUUUCUCUUGUUUGUAAUCUUAAGCAGUAAAACAACAUAAUACAUCACAGUGAACAACAAUUACAUAUUCACUUUUAUUUUUGUAAGAUCUGGAGGUUUAAAAAAAAAUUGUUUGGAUUUUUUGAAGGCUCCCUGGAAUGUAACCUCAUUUUUGCCCUAAG